UGUGUGGCGCUACAUGCCAUGAAGCUAAGUUCACGUGAUAGCGUAACAGAAUCAAUCUGAAUAAGGUAACUAAAGAUGCAACCAACAAUAGUCAACUCUCCAGAUGUUAUUUGUAUGAUAUCGGUUUUUCCCCAAGCCCGAGAGAUUCAGUGCUAUUCAGUGUGUAAUGAAUGAUGAAUUCGAACGCAGAACCUUUCGAACCUAUAGUUUGAGAUAUAUUUCGUAAUACCGUUAGUAUCAACAGUGUCAAAUGUUUAUCACCAAUCAUAGAAAGAAAUAGUAUUGAAUUCAAUGCUCGUCUUUUAUUAUCGCAUAAGUUGACACUCCGAGUAGUCAGUAUGAAUGUUUAAAAUGUUAAGUAUUCAGAGAAUUUUGACAGUGACUGUAUUAUUAUUGUUUAAUCUUCAUGGAGUUAUUACUUUACGAAAUCUAUCAUUAUCUCGUGUCGUUAUCGAGGCAGUAUAUGAAGAAGAAUAUCAACUUGCCAUAAACAACACAGUUGAAUAUGUUUUCUUAUACCGUACUAACAAUAAAGAAUGGAUGGACUCUACUAGAAUUGAAGUUGAAAGCAAUGCCACUCAUGACCUGCCUCUUAUUGUGGUUGUGCGUCAAAAGAAAGGAAUUCUAUCAUGGCAGAUUCCUCUUGUCGUAGAUAGCAUGCAUUUUAAUGAUGUAGCUUAUAAUAAAACUAGUCGAACUCUAUGUUCAACAAAAGAUUAUCAAAACAAACAAGGAGAUGAACAAGAAGAAUUUGUUACAGUUAGCUUGUACACUGCUAGUCAUAAAAAUGUCUCAUUUAAGCUUAACGUAACACAGGACACACAAUUUUAUUUGAGAACAGGAGAAAAGAGAUUAAUGGAAAUUUCUCCAUCUGAACCUAUUUACUAUGGUUAUACAUUUCAAGAGCAAGUGGAAAGUUCUUCUGUUAUUGUUCAUGUUGAAUCUGAGAGUGAUAUUUGUAUGACAGUAUCUAUACAAAAUAUAUCGGUAAAUAGAUUUUGUUAUAUCUCUAUAAUAAUAUGUCGGUACAGUAGAAUGUUUUUUAUCCAAGUAUUUAUUACCUGCUCUUUGACAUUAUUAUUUACACUUUGA